GAGAACGCGAGAGCAAGAGAGGGAGAGCGUUAAGCGCAGGGAGCGAGUGAGGUCUGGUGUCUCCCUUGCCGAUAGUAAAUCUAUCUGGUCCUUAUAGAACAGCGGGGUAGCAAAAAAGAAUACGGGAAACAAAAGAGCUCACGGGUCCCCUUUAUUCAGCAUUCGCAAGAAGGAAGGGAGUGCGAGUGUGGCGUGGAGGGGAUUAAAUCCGAUCUGAGAUCAGUGUGUGUUAAACGGAUGUAUAUUCCAGCGGCGAGCGAGCGCUGAAGUUGGAUACCGAAAAGAGGGAAAACGCUUUUAUUUUCAGCAGACGCGAAACAAGGUGAAGGUGCAACCUCUUUGCCGCCGCUCUCGCUUGGAGCACCAUGAAGCUGCCUUGUUGGAUGGCGCUGGCGUUACUCCCGUCGCUGCUGGGGGAGACCGCACUGGGCCAGCGAUGGACUCCCUCCCAGGAGAAGAGGGGACCCGUGGACCUUGAGGGGUCGGGCAAUGAUGAGUUCUUUGACGAUGAGGACCUCUUCUCAGGCUCUGGAUCAGGCUUUCCAGAAACGGAGAUGAGGCCCACAGCGGUGGGUGUGUCCUUCACCACAGAGGAGCCCCUCCCCCUGUCCACCACCCAGGCCACCUCCCCCGCUCCUUCUGCCCCGCCCGCCGCUGAGCCCAGCAGCCCCCCCACGGGGGAGAGCGAGGGAGAGUGGGAGAGGGAGAAAGAGAGGGAGGCAGAGAUAGAGAGGGAAAGAGAGAGAGAGAGGGUGAGGGAACAAGAAAGGGAGAGGGAGAGGGAGCGGGAGCGGGAGAGGGAGAGGGAACGAGAGAGGGAGAGGGAGAGAGAAAGAGAGAGGGAGAGGGAACGAGAAAGGGAGAGGGAAAGGGAAAGGGAGCGAGAGCGGGAAAGAGAGCGAGAGAGGGAGAGAGAACGAGAAAGAGAGAGGGAGAGAGAACGGGAGAGAGACAGGGCCAGAGGCGCUCUGGUCACAGACUCUCCCAGGUCUCCUGCUGCAGUUCCCAUGGCCACCACCAGCUCUGCCACCACUCCAGCGCAGAGCACGGUGCUCACGAGCAGCAUGGAGGACUUCAGCACCACCACGGAAGAGGAAGAGGAGGAGGACGUGUUCAUCCCUGUGGACCCGACAGAGCCGAUCCCCACCAGCCGAGUCGAGUCCGUCACAGACACCACCCCGAGCACACCGGCCCCGACAACCACUCUGGCCACCACCACAACUACCCCGGUACCCUCGACUGCUGCCCCAGCUACCACCACCCCCUCUACCCCCACCCCUGCCAAAGCCAGGACCGUGCCCCCCAGCACCGCCCCACUGCGGCCACGUGGCCCGAAGACCACGCCCAGCCAGGCUACACCCACAGAGACCAGCACACGCCCUCAGCUCACCUCCACAGUACAGUCUCGUGCUCCUGAGGAUGGACUCAACAACGAGGUGGCAGGCGCGGGCACCAGCGGAGACUUUGAAAUCCGGGAGGAGGACAGUCGCCAGGGCAACGAGGUGGGGCGAGGUGGUAAGGGAGUGGCAGACACAGAGCCGGAGUCCGAUCUGAUCGGAAACACGGUGGACGCGGGAAGCUCCGCCGCCCAGCUGCCCCAGAAGAACAUCCUGGAGAGGAAGGAAGUCCUGAUAGCGGUGAUCGUGGGGGGCGUGGUGGGGGCCCUCUUUGCCGCUUUCCUGGUCAUGCUCCUGGUCUACCGCAUGAAGAAGAAGGACGAGGGCAGCUACACCCUGGAGGAGCCCAAGCAGGCCACCGUCACCUACCAGAAACCAGACAAGCAGGAGGAGUUCUAUGCAUAACACUAAGAGCCUGCCACCUACCCCCCCCUAGCCUCCAUCUCUCCUCUCCUCUUCUCUCCUCUCCUCCUGUUCUCCACUCCUCUCUCU